AUGUGGAGGAUUUGGAAGUUAUGGCCAAGGAGGGAUUUUGGCAACAAGUAUCACUUGAGGAAAGUACAUGCCAAAAACAUGAAAACAUAUGCUACCAGGGAUGUAAGGAGUUCAAGAGUCCAAGUGGGCUGCAACAAAUAUGUAGGAAUAAGGGGAACCAAAAACGAACCACAGAUCCAACCGACUACAAGCGAUCCAAAUCUGCAACAACAUCACAAGAUGUUUCUCUUGAGUGGACUUAUUCCAAGACAGAGUACUGAAAAGUUAGCAGGAAAAAGAAACUCUAAUGCCUACAAAACUCACCCGAUAAUGGCGGCUCUAGGAAAACUUUUACUCUUAUCAUUGAGGAAGUAUAUGCAAGCUGCAAGAGAUAAUGCCACCUUAACCUGGAAGGCAGGCCCGGCUUCUGCAGAGUUCAUUAAACUCCAGCCAGCCAUUAAACCAAACAGGAAAGCCCGUCUUAAAAUAAUGGCUUGGGGAGGAAUAGGAAGCUCUACAAAACUGACCAAAUUCUUAACCCAUGGGGGAGACUCCUCAACUUUCUUCUUUAGCUUGGUUUUUAAAAGCUGUUCAUCAGCAGUUUCUCGAAAGCUGCUUCUACUGAUUCUGCACUUGCCUCGUGACCUGCAUAUUGGGUCAACAAAAAGUUCCGAGCACUCCAAAUUUCUUCCUCUGAUGCAUCACUACUUACACCCAGCCGCUUAUAAGGAUUCCAUACCCUUAUCCGAGGGAACUUUGAAAUUCCACCUACAGAAUCGACGGCCAUGGAAAGACGAGGAAAUGGUAGGAUUGCAGAGAAGAGCCGCAGCCAUUAUUUCGAUAAAAAGUUCCGUAGUCUAUCCAAUGGAAUGUGUAGUCAGAUUCAGAUUUGGCUGGCAAAUUGGGGAAGAACACAAUUUGGAGUGGACGAUGGCUUAUUCGAUGCAAGCACACACCGAAAGAAAGAGAGAAAGAGAAGGCCCAUGUCAUUAG